AUGACUAUCUCGUGGUCCGAAUCGUUCAGCGACUGGUGGCACGCCAGCCGGGCUCUCCAGCACCCCACCACCCCGCAAUUAGUCUCCGACCCCCGCUACGUGGCCGCUCGAGCGAGGAUCACCGACCUCGAGCGGCAGCUCUUGCUGGACGCCAUGCCGGCGGCUGCGGGACCGCAGUGGGACCUUAUCGACACCGAAGUGGCCCCGGGAGUCAUAUUCCAUGAGUGCCGGGUAUUCGACGACAGAUAUCCCGUAGAACGGCACGUGGUGGUGGUGCACGGGUACAUGGCGGCCAUGGGCUACUUUGGUGGCAACUUGGCGGCGUGGGCGGUGCCGGGAGUGGUGGUGCACGCGAUCGACUGGCCCGGGUUCGGCAACCUGAGCCGGCCGAAGUUCCCCGAUUCGUUACUAGAUGAUAAAGAGAAGAUUAGCGACCGAAUUGCCCAGGUGAAGGCGGUCGAACGGUGGUUUAUCGACCAUCUCGAGACGUGGCGACGCACUCACAAUAUCGCUCAAUUCGACCUUGUCGGCCACUCCAUGGGCGGGUACCUCGCCGCCUGCUACUACUUGGAAUACGGCACUGAUAUCGUUACCAAGCUCGUGCUUUUAAGCCCUAUGGGCACCGAAGAUAGUGCCUUCAGUCUCAUCGACGGUAACGACAUUGACGGCGCCGGAAGUGUCGGCGCGCACCCCGAAAGCAGAGGCAACGACCCUCUCGAAGAGGUGGUAGGCACCGAGGACGAGCGACAACAGCUCUGGCAGCGGGUCGGCGGUCCCAGCUUCCCCAACCAUGUGAUUGUACGCACCAUUUGGCGCCACCACUUGUCGCCAGUGGGGCUUCUUAACUACUGCGGACCAUUAUCCUCCAAAAUGCUCUCAUUGUGGACGUACCAACGGUUCGCCCACAACCCGCCCGAGGUCAUCCACACCCUCCACGCCUACUCGUUCGCGAUCUUCUACCAGUACCUGGGGCUGGGGGAGCGAGCAAUUACGAAACUCGUCAACGCUAACAUCCUUGCCUAUCUACCGCUCUGCCAGCGAGAGUUGCCGCGGGCUUUGGCCCGCAACCAUACCCCCACCUUAGUGAUGUACGGCACUAAGGACUGGAUGAACAGACGUGGCGGCGAACACUUAGUCAACGAGAUUGUCCAGGCUGGCGGUGACGCUCAAUACAAAGAGAUUGACGGCGGUCACCAUAUGUACUUGGACAACCGCCACGCCACCAACGCGGCGGUGGCGCAGUUUCUAGGGCUUAAUCUUGACGAUGGCGUCGUCACCAGCAAUGAUGCCGCCGCCACUGCUUAG